AUGGCGCUGGUCACGGGUAAGGGUGCAAUCUCGGAGGCAUUCGCAGUUACCAACAGAAUGAAGGAGGACUGUGAACUCGCGCCCACUCUCUUCUACCUCAUGUUCUCUGCCAUGAUGAUGAAAGCCUACCGUGAAGAGCGCCCCGGAAUCCGCACUGACUACACGACCUACGGGCGCCUUCACGACAGCCGGCGAUUGCAGACCCCGGCACCUCUCUCCACAACCCCUAUCCACGAUCUACUCUUCGCUGACGACUGCCCAGUCAACAGCACGACUGAAUAA